AUGGUUUCUAGGGUUUUAUUCCUCUCUCUCGUCUCCUCAGUUGGUUAUCCAACGGUGUUUGCGGAUAGUUGGAAAGGGAAUGAUCCUUGUGUCCAGUGGAUAGGUCUCACUUGUUCUAAUGGAGACAUUACUGUUGUCAAUUUUCAAAAAAUGGGUCUUAGUGGGAAUCCUGAUAUUGGGAAUGAUAGUGUUAGUCCAUUGCCGGGUACGCCCUCAGUUAGUGGAACAAAGACUUCGGGAAGUAGUGGCAAUAAGUUGAUUGGUGUGGUUGUGGGUUUGGUAAUUAGUUGUAUUUGUGCGGUAUUGGCUGUUGGGGUUACUGUGUUCGGCAUUUGUAGGGCUAAACAAAAGCAUUCUUGGAGGGUGCAGAGUCCAAAUGCCAUGGUGGUUCGUCCUUAUCAUUCAGGUUCAGACCAUGAUGAUGUUAAGAUUACCAUUGCUGAUUUGGGUUUGACUGGUGGGACAACGGGUGAAACAUACAGUCAUGACAGUCGUGGACCUAGUGAUAUUCGUGUUAUUGAAGCCAGAAAUAUGGUAAUCUCCAUUCAAGUUUUGAAGACUGUGACCAACAAUUUUAGCGAAGAGAACAUAUUGGGAAGAGGAGGAUUUGGAAAAGUUUACAAAGGAGAGUUCAAUGAUGGGACUAAGAUUGCGGUUAAGAGGAUAGAGUCUGGAGUGGUGAGUGACAAGGGUUUGGAUGAGUUCAAUUCUGAGAUUGCAGUGCUUUUCAAGGUUCGACGUAGGCAUUUGGUUUCUCUCUUGGGUUACUGCUUGGAUGGAAAUGAGAGGCUACUUGUUUAUGAAUACAUUCUGAGAGGCUACUUGUUUAUGAAAACCAUGAGACAAUGGAAGCCCAUUUUCUUUAUUCACAUAAUCUAUGAGCUCCUAACCCAGUGGUAUAAAUCUAAAACGAUAAAGCAUGAUCCCAGAUUGCAUGGCCAUAUUUCCCAGACCUGUGAAAUGGUGUACAUCUCAGAGGCAAAAGCGCUAACGUACCUUUUUCAAUCUCACUACAGACACCAAUUAAACAAUCAGAACUAG